AUGAAUAAUUUUGAACAGCACCUUAGAAAUAAUAGAGAACACGACCGUCACCACUAUUUGUUCGGAAAAACACCCCAAGCUAUCGAUUACUUAACUCGCUAUUAUCGUGACGAUUCUUGUUCUGUCUGUUACCCUCCGCCUGAUCUCUCUCACCAGUUUUACAACUUCUGGGCUUGGUUCAGUACUUUUCAACCGGCUAUUUCAUUUUCUCGACGUUCCGUUCGACGAUUUGAGAAGUUUAACGUCUUUGAUAUAGGAAACCUUCCCGAUAGACUACUUAGCUCUUUCAUCUUCAGCUUUCGUUAUAGUGAACAACCCGACGACUUCCCUACCUUCUUAAACGAAUUUUUAACCGCCUACCAAGAAACCAACAGGUUUAAUACUGACCCUUUUUACGAAACCUACGACGCCAGCGAAACCCUUGAAGGAGAUCUAAUGGCUCAAAAUAACAACCGAUUCGACGCUCCUCUCUUAAUUGAUCCUGACGGCAAUGGCAAUGAACACCAAGACGACCAAUGCGGGGACCAGGCCAAUCUUAAUCCUCAGAUUGACCCCAUGGCCCUUUUGGCCCAUCAAAUCGGUAAUCUCGUCCUUCAAAUGCAAAACAACCCUGCGCCUCAAAUCAACAUUCCCGCAAUUAACCUCCCCGCUCAACACCGCGAACUCAAUUUGGUUUCGUACCCUGACUUCUCUGGUGGCGAACAAGACCCUAUUACGUGGCUAGAGGAUGUCGAGAAGGCUUUCGAAGCAAACCAGGUCCAAGACAAUCGUAAGAUCCCUGUGGUAAUCCCACAUUUGAAGGGCACGGCGGCUACCUGGUGGGUAGCGGCCAAAACCAUUCGACCCCCUAUCGAUCGAUGGAAUGAUCCCCACCAUGCAGGGCAAAGCUUUCGCCCCCACUUCAUAGCUCAAUUCAGAACCCCCGCCCUUGAGAGCAAAUGGUUUGCUCAACUAACUCAAAGAAAACAAGGCCCCACCGAGGAUGUCGAUUCUUACCACAUGGCUAUUGAAGAACUCAUCCGACGAGUAGAGGCAGGGGGACAUCGUUACCCAGGCACGGCAAAGGCCCAAAUGUUUAUUAAUGGUCUUAGACCGGAACUUUCUACUGCCGUUGCUCCUUUUAUGCCUAACACCCUAAGUGCCGCCUACGAACGUGCUAAAGCCUUUGAAAAUUCCUUCAAACAAAAUCCGCUAUACUAUAACCCUUACUUGACGACUUCUCUACAUCCGUCUCCCUAUCUGGUUUCUCACCCUGCCGUUUCAACUUCGCCGUCCCCUAAUUCAAUCUCGGUUAAUCCUUCAGUACCUACUCCUUCAACCAUCUCCUCGCCAAUAUCUCAUUCUACCAAAACCGAAGACGUUCUGGACACUAAGGAGCCCCCUCGUCGUAAUUUCAACAGUUGGAAUAAUACUCCUCGAUAUCCGUGUGGUCGCUGUGGACAAGUGGGUCACAAUGCCAGAACUUGUCCUAAUCCCUUGCCCAGUAAUAAUGACGGUAACGUGGCUACUGGAAGUAAUGCCAUUCCCCUUGGAAGACCUAAUGCCGCCCGAACCAAUCCCCCAGUUAACAAUAAUUCCGAUACCCCUAACCGAGUGGGAGGAUCCGAAGCCCAAACAUUUCUGAACCUUCACGUUGACGAGGAUGAUCUCCUGUUUCUCCCGGCUGAGGAAUCUGCGAGAACGGUUCGUUCCACUCGUGCCAAAAGACAACGUGUUGAAGAUUCGACCCUUGGAGAACUUCUCGAAGAGGAACGGGCUGGAGACCAAGAAGAGAUUUCGGAAGUUGAGCGGGAAGCCAAAAGAAAAGUCGCCACAGCGUCUAAGCACAAGAAGGAGGUGAAAGCAGCCCCUGUUAAAAAGAAAAAGGCUGAAGAGAAUCCACCCCAAAUUUCCGCUCUAAUCCCCCGGUACUCCAUUAUUUCCGAUAUUCGUGAUAAACCUGCCAAUAUCAUGUUUGGUCAACUCUUGCAGGUGGUUUCUUCUUAUCAGGUUGACUUAGCUAAAAGCCUCCGGAAGACCAACGCCCCUAAGAGAAGAACCCGUGUUAUGGUUAAUCUGCAGCCCUCUCCUAGGUCAACCGCCCUAUAUUGUGACGCCCGUAUCCAUGAUAAGAUUAUUCCCCUCAUAGUCGACAGUGGUUCCUCCGAAAGUGUUGUGUCGUCCUAUUUGCUUGGCGAAUUGGGCAUUAAGGUAGAGAGGCCUUCCACCGUCAACAUGGUCAACGUUCACGGUCGUAGUAAAAGAGCCCUGGGAGAAAUCUCCGACUUCCCCUUUUCCGUCAGAGGAGUUAUUGUCCCUGUCGACGUGGUCGUUACAGACGCUGCGUCUUAUCAAGCUAUCGUCGGUAAUGACUGGUUAUCUAACGUGAACGCUAACAUAAAUUACACCAGCUCCGAGAUGACAUUCCAUUGGAAUGAUCGGGAAGUCGUAGUCCCCGUCGAAUUCCGGAGGCUUCAACAUACCCCGAUUCAAGAUGACCGUCCCCCUAAAAUUAAAGUCCAAAAAGCCGACGAUGAUGAAACUGAGGAAUCGGGAACAGAGGAAGAGUCUGAGAGUGAGUUUGAAGAAGAGGAAGGAUUAGAGGAUCGCCUUUUUGGAUUUUCUGAAGACGAAAGAACACUUUUUCAAUAUCAUCGUAAUGACGAUAAAAUUGCUGAUGACUCCGAUGAUGAGACCGUGAGGCCGCAGUAUAAUGUUAAACCAGAAGGACGAGGAGAGGGAGACGAUGAAAGUCCCCUUGAUUUCGACGGCGAUGAUCCUGAACCCGAUCAUGAGUAUUACUUCGACGAAGUUGAGGAGUCUUCCCAGGACUUAGAGUUAGAUAUAGGGGAUCUUUGGGACGACGAUCAUGACAGAAUGGAAGAAUUGCUUUUUAACAAUAAUGACCUUUUUGCUUGGGAGCCCCACAAUUUAGGACGUACCAGUCUUGUUACCCAUACCAUUAAUACCGGCGAUGCCCCACCCAUACGACAACGAUACUACC